AUGGUUCCUGCUGGUGUGGUUUGUAGAACAGCUGCAGAUGAAUGCGACCUUCCUGAAUUUUGCUCUGGAAUGGAAGCAGCCUGCCCUGAUGAUGUAUUCCAGCAAAAUGGCAAUCUGUGCAAUCAAGGAAUUAAUAUUUGUUUCAAUGGGAAAUGUCAAAGUGCUGAUUUACAGUGCAAACACAUUUUUGGUCCAGGUAAGCAUGUUAAUCCUUUCCCGACAAUAGGAUGUUCCAUGCCGUACUACACGGAGCAAGCUUUAAUGCCGUUAGUACGGCAUGGAAUGUCAUGCAGUUUGAUAGCUAGGGCUCCCCUCUGUCACUUGGAGCUCCGCUCUGUCAGAUAAGCUAAAUAUUAGAAAUGAGUACUGCAAAGAGCCUUUUAACUCUAUUCAGAACACUGAAGUUGAGUGAUUGCACUCAGCAGCGAUGUUUUUGUGCUGGUGCUAGGCUUUGCCAGCUGCCCAGCACAGAUCACAGUGUAAUCAGCUGAGAACACAAAAAGUAUUGCGUAAAUCCCAGUCCUACAUCUACACCCUGGUUUACACCAAAAAAAUGUAAUAUACAGAAAAAACAUGCAAAAUCGGUGUGGUGUACUGCACACAUGUGUUAAAAUCACCAACUAGGUGGUAUACAUAUGAAACAAACAAAAGUUAUAUACACACUAAAGAAAGAAAUUGGAUAUACAGGAAAACUAAGUGUUCCCAGGUCUACCUCACGGACACCUAACUAAUGAGUAAAAAGCAAAGAAAGUGGGACAAAACCACCCAAUACACUUAUAAAAAUUAAAUAUAACCUGGAGAAAUGGACCAGGAUAAUAAGCUCAAUGGAGAUCUAUAAUAAUGUUAAACAUAACAUAGUGCAAUACAGUUACAACAAAAACAGAGUGAAUGGUGUUUGGUAUUGAACUCACAAACAUAAGAUGUAAAUAGGCUUCUCGCCCCACCAGGGGUUAAAAUGAAUCAGAGAGCUGGUAGAUCUCAGUAUUGGAAAUCCUCAUAAAUUCCUUGGGUAAAUGGAGGAAAGAGAACCAUACAUGGGGAAGUACAGUUCAAAUCAAAAAAAGAUUUAUUUAGAUUGCACUUACAAGAAGGUAGACAAUCUGGGCAUGUCUCCACACACUGUGGAACCAGGUAGCAGCGUGGUAGAUUGGUUGUACCAAAAUACAGCAAUAAAAACAGAAACAAAUGGACUAUAAAACAAAUAGAAUUUAAAAAAGUCCUUAUAGAGUCCAAGGUGAGUUGUCCAACACGUUUCGUCCGAUAGGGAACUUCCUCAGGGAUCUGUGGUGAGUCAGCUUUGAAGAGACUUUUUAUAACGCUGGAAAUUACAUCCAUUUGCUUCACCUGAUGGCGUGCGUUUCACCCGUGGAACGCACUGACGUAUACUCUGUGCGCCUCAGGAAAGGGAAAAUGACAGGGUAAUAAGAGAUCAUUAGACGAAUACGAGCAUGAAGUAUGUGCACAUGUGCGAAGGGAAAACACCGAUCGCCAUGCGCACGUACAAAACAUGAUUUAUAAAAUCCAAAUAGAAACAUAAGAAUAAACCGGCGAACAGCUGUCUAACGUACGAAUUCAAACGGGACAAGAUAUAGAUGACACAUAUUGAGGGGAAGAUGAAUAACCCCGAACGAAUUUUAAUUAAAUUAAAUAUUAGAGACAGAGGUCUUUGCAAGUUAGUGUAGCCUCAAAUAUAAUAAGGAGAAAGUUAAUAUAGCCCCAAAUCUAAUGUGUAUGAAUAUAUAUAUAUAUAUAUAUAUAUAUAUAUAUUAAGCCUAAUACUUAGUUGUUUCUAAGAUAUACAGGGGUAUUACAAGGAGAAACCUCUUUUCAGAUAUAUCAAUGAGUAUAUAAAAUUAAAAUUAAUAUUUAUAAAUAAUGGAGCAAAAGAGCUCCAGAGAAUUGCCAACUUAGUAUAUGUUUAUGCAUGUGUCAUAUAUUGACAUAUAUUUACAAUCAAACUACAGUAUUUCAUCUAUAGAGAAUUAAAAGAAAAAUUAUGUUAUCAGAGACCCUGGAGGACUAUUUCUGCAUUUAGGCCUUGAUGUAAAGUUUUUAGGUUAUAAAUCCAGAAUGCUUCCUGACGGAUGAGUUCUUGUAGUUUAUUACCUCCCCUCCAACCCAAAUCGAUUUUAUCUAUCCCAAAUGCCAAAAAAUUCUCCCAACAAAAUUAAGGGCAAGCAUUACAAUGCUUUGUGACAUUAUGAUAAAUUUUUCCCUUUUUGAUACUAUACAAAUGCUCUGAAAGUCUAACAUGGAGCUUGCGUGUGGUGCGACCCACAUAUUGGGCUCCGCAUCCACACUGCAAUAAAUAAAUUACAAAGGUAGAAAAGCAUUGGAUAUGCUUUUUUAAUUUUGUACGUUUUUUUUUUUGUUGUAAGUACUAAUAAAAUUUUAAAAUUUUCUUUUCUGGUGUUUACAUGUAGAACAGUGACCACAACGAAAAAAGCCACAUAUAGGAGUUUUAAGCCAAUUAUUUGAAGUUGGAGAAUUAUUAGGAAAAGGGCUGGGAGCCAAUUUAUUUUUGAGAUUGUUUGCUCGUCUGUAUAUUACUGUUGGAAAAUCUGGUAUAAUUUCUCCAAGAACAUCAUCCUUCUUCAAGAUGUACCAAUAUUUCUUAAGAACUUUUUCAAUUCUUUUGGCUUGCGCAUUAAAUUGUGUUAUAAAAGCAAAUUGAAAUUUAUUGUUGCUGUUGUUAUUUGUAUGUAGUUGAUCACUGUUCUUUUGUAAAAGAAGGGAUCGAUCAGUUUUCAAAACUAUUUUCUCAUCAGUUUGCAAUUUAGUUUGAUUAUAAGCCUUCUCUGUAAGGACAUGAAGGGGUGCUGCCCUGGAACAGUACUGUCCCUUUAAAUGUGGAAACCAAUUUAGCAAAGAAUAAAGGCAAGGACACAAUGAAUAGAAUAAAUCAAGAAAUAUAUCAUAAAGGGAACCAAAGGACAAAAGAUAAAACAACAUGUAAUAAAUAUAUACAAAGCCACAGAAUAAUAUUUACAAUAAAUCAGGAUAACCACAAUUUGGGCAGGCAGAGUAUACUUAAACAGUCCUUUGGUAUAAAGAAUGUAUUUGGGCAGGAUUGUGCAGCCACCACAGAAAUGGGUGGGACACAGAUCCAGAGCCACAAACAAAUAUAUGGCACCAGGAAGCAAAGCCUGAAGCAGGACAAACGAACAAGACUGCAGGGUCAGGAUCACUGGUAACAAGGCAGAUGACAGGAACACUGAACCAGAACACAGGAAUGCAGGAACAUAAGACCAAGAAGACACGAGAACACAGGACCAGGAAACACAGGAUCAGGGAGCGAAGAGUCAGAAUCUCAGGAACCAGGAAACAAGAACCAUGGAACAAGAAACAGGAGACAAGAGACAAUGAUCUGACAAGGAGUGAGGUGAAAAACCAGACUAUAUAGGUGCUAAAACAAGGACCAGGUGAAGUGCUAAUGAAAGAAAUUAGGAACAGUGAUAAUGGUGAAUGUGGGUACUGCACAAGGGCAAAUCAACUAAGGAGUGUUGUGACAUUCUCUGCAUAGAGUUUUUUUUAUAAUAUGGGAAAUGUUAAAGGAAAAUGUGAUCAUCAGUACAAUUCUUUCUCAGACGAACCAAUUGACUUUUGGGGAUGUUGGUAAGCCAAGAAGGAUGGUGGGAGCUAGAGUGUUCUAUGGCAGUGUUACAGUCGGUGGGUUUAAAAUACGUUUUUGUUUUUAGUUGAUUCUGAUCAAUGUAAAUAGUGAGGUCUAAAAAAUCUAUGGAUGUUAUAUCUGAUUUUAAAAGUAAAAUGUAAGUUAUAUUCAUUUUGAUUAACCUCUUUAAAGAAAUUAUUCAGACCCUCAGCAUCUCCCUCACAGAUCAACAACACGUCAUCUAUGUAGUGUCGCCAUAGGACCAGUUUGCCCCCCGUAUGAUCUCGCAGAGAAAUAUGAUGUUGUUCCCAGUGGGAUACAUAUAAAUUGACAAAACUGGGGACAAACUUAGUACCUAUGGCGACGCCACACAACUGGAGGAAAUAUUGUUCAUCAAACCAAAAAAAGAUUUGAGUAAGCACAAAAUUUAUGUAAUCUAUAAGAAAAUUAAUUUGAUAAUCUUGCACGAGUUCAUGUGAAUUGAGAAUAUAUUUUAAUGCCAUUAUCCCUUUAUGAUCUUAAGAAAUAUUGGUACAUCUUGAAGAAGAAUUGGAGAAUUUCCAACAGUAAUAUACAGACGAGCAAACAAUCUCAAAAAUAAAUUGGCUCCCAGCCUUCUUCCUAAUAAUUCUCCAGCUUCAAAUAAUUGGCUUAAAACUCCUAUAUGUGGCUUUUUUCGUGGUGGUCACUGUUCUACAUGUAAACAUCAGAAAAGAAAAUUUUAAAAUCGUAUUGGAACUCAUCUGUCAGGAAGCCUUCUGGAUUUAUAACCUAAAAACAUUACAUCAAGGCCUAAAUGCAGAAAUAGACCUCCAUGGUCUCUUAUAGCAUCAUUUUCUUUUCAAUUCUCUAUUGAUGAAAUACUGUAGAUUGUAUAUAUAUGUCAAUAUAUGACACAUGUAUAAUAAACAUAUACUAGGUUGGCAAUUCUCUGGAGCUUUUUUGCUCCAUUAUUUAUGUAUAUUCAUUUUCAUUUUAUAUACGCAUUGAUAUAUCUGAAAAGAGGUUUCUCCUUGUAAUACCCCUGUAUAUCUUAGAAACAACUAAGUAUUAGGCUAUAUAUAUAUAUAUAUAUAUAUAUAUAUAUAUUCAUACACAUUAGAUUUGGGCCUAUAUUAACGUUCUCCUUAUUAUAUUUGGGGCUACACUAACUUGCAAAGACCUCUAUCUCUAAGAUUUAAUUUAAUUAAAAUUAAUUAGUGGUUAUUCAUCUUCCCCUCAGCUUAGUGUAUUGUUCAAUAUGUGUCAUCUAUAUCUUGUCCGGUUUGAAUUCGUACGUUAGACAGCUGUUCGCCUGUUUAUUCUUAUGUUACUAUUUGGAUUUUAUAAAUCAUGUUUUUUAUGUGCACAUGGUCUCUUAUUACCACGUCAUUUACCCUUUCCUGAGGCACAGAGAGUAGACGUCAUUGCCUUCCACGGGUGAAACGCACGCCAUCACGUGAAGCAAAUGGAUGUAAUUUCCAGCGUUAUAAGAAGUCUCUUCAAAGCUGACUCACCACAGAUCCCUGAGGAUGUCCCCUAUCGGACGAAAUGCGUUGGACAACUCACCUUGGACUCUAUAAGGACUUUUUUUUUUAACUUUUUUUUGUUUUAUAGUCCAUUUGUUUCUGUUUUUAUUGCUGUGUUUUGGCACAACCAAUCUACCACGAUGCUACCUGGUUUCACAUUGUGUGGAGACAUGCCCAGAUUGUCUACCUGCUUGUAAGUGCAAGCUAAAUAAAUCUUUUUUUGAUUUUAACUUUACUUCCCCAUGUAUGGUUCUCUUUCCUCCAUUUACCCAAGGAAUUUAUGAGGAUUUCCAAUACUGAGAUCUACCAGCUCUCUGAUUUGUUUUAACCCCUGGUGGGGUGAGAAGCCUAUUUACAUCUUAUGUUUGUGAGUUCAAUACCAAACACCAUUCACUCUGUUUUUAUUGUAACUGUAUUACACUAUGUUAUGUUUAUCAUUAUUAAAGAUCUCCAUUGAUCUUAUUAUCCGGGUAAAUUUCCCCAGGUUAUAUUUAAUUUUUUAUAAGUGUACUGGGUGGUUUUGUCCCACUUUCUUUGCUUUUUAGGUGGUAUACAUACACUGGUAUUGAGUCUCCUGGAAAGUAGUGGUGUAACAAUAAUCCCAGUUUGGAACAGAAAUUUUCCAGCUUUAAUUAAUUAAAAAACAUAAGGAACAUAACAGUGUAAAAACAUACAGAAUAACUUACAGAAGGACAAUAUAAAAAAGAGGAUCGUAUUGCUGUCAGUGGCAGAGUUACAUAGUUACAUAGCUGAAAAGAGACUUUCCAUCAAGUUCAGCCUUCCUCACAUAUGUUUUUGCUGUUGAUCCUGCAACAAACUAGGAAAAUAUUCCUUCUUGACCCCAAAAUAGCAGUCAGGUGUCUCCUUGGAUCAAGCAGCUAUUACCCCACUAAUUAGAAAUUAUAUCCCUGUAUGUUAUGUUUUUAUCCAAGUAUUUAUCCAAUUGCAAUUUAACCCCUUAAGGACACAUGACAUGUGUGACAUGUCAUGAUUCCUUUUUAUUCCAGAAGUUUGGUCCUUAAGGGGUUAAACAUCUGUAUAGACUCUGACAAAACUACCUCUUCAGGCAGAGAAUUCCAUAUCCUUAUUGCUCUUACUGUAAAAAAACCUUUUCUUUGCCUUAGAUGAAAUCUCCUUUCUUCCAGCCUAAAUGUGUGACCUGGUGUCCUAUGUAUAGCCCUGUUUAUGAAUAGAUUUCCAGAUAAAGGCUUGUACUGGCCCUGAAUAUAUUUGUAUAAUGUUAUCAUAUCCCCUCUCAGGUGCUGUUUUUCCAAACUAAACAGAUUUAAAUUUUUUAUCCGUUCUUCGUAACUAAAAUGCUCCAUUCCUUUUAUCAGUUUUGUAGCUCAUCUCUGCACUUUUUCUAGUGCCAUGAUAUCUUUCUUUAGAACAGGUGCCCAAAAUUGCACAGCAUAUUCAAGGUGUGGUCUUACCAGCGAUUUUUAAAGAAGCAAAGUGAUAUUUUCAUCCCAAGAAUUUAUGCCCCUAUUUAUACAUGACAAAACCUUACUGGCCUUAGCAACUGCAGAUUAACAUUGCAUAUUGCUGUUUAAUUUGUUGUCUAUAACAAUUCCUAAAUCCUUCUCCUGUGUGGUUAUCCCUAAUUCACUACCAUUUAGGGUGUAAAUUGCUUGUGCAUUCUUAACCCCAAAGUGCAUAACUUUGCAUUUCUCUACGUUAAAUUUCAUCUGCCAUUUUAGUGCCCAGUCCCCCAAUCUAUCCAAAUCCCUCUGCAGCAAAGCAAUAUCCUGCUCUCAUUGUAUUACUUUACAAAGUUUUGUGUUAUCUGCAAACACUGAUACAUGGCUUUCAAUGCCUAUUUCAAGAUCAUUUAUAAAUAUGUUAAAUAAAAACGGUCCCAAAACAGAACCCUGAGGGACGAGAAGGACAUCUGAAAGAUUUUUUAAAGUGGGAACGCAAAAGAAAAGAAAGAAUCAAAUUAAACAAACCAAGCUCUCCAUUAAAAAGAUGAAUAGAAAGAGAGGAACAAGAGGUGAAAGUAUUAUAGAUAUCAAAGGAAUAUAUAACCUCUCCAAGAUUACAAUAAAACAAUGCAGAAUAGGGUAUUGGCUAGAGGAAUUAAAUUUUGUCCAAUAGCCAACUUGGACCAUUUUUUGAUUUAUAUAGAUCUUAAAAAGUUCGCCAGAAAAUUAUGUUUAAAACGUUUGUUUUUUUUAGAGAAGGUAGACAUAACUAAGGAAUUUGGAAGUGGUACACAAAGUAAGGAAGGGCAUAACUUUUCCUCACUUAAAAAGAAUUCCACUUUCUUUCCAAAGAAUUGUAAGACCAAUUCAAUGGACGCGUUUGAGGAAUUAGUUAUGCGAGAGAUAGAACGGAUUAAAAGAAUUGAUAGGAACAGAAUAAACCUUAAUAAGGAGGAACAACAAGCUCUGGUCGAACUGCGAGACAAUACAGAGAUCAUAAUUAAACCAGCCGACAAGGGGGGUGGCAUCACUAUUAUGGAUAGGGAAUACUAUAUAGAGGAGUCACUGAGGCAACUAAAUGAUGGGAUUACAUACAGAAAAUUGAAGGGUGAGACCAUUGAAGAAAAAAAGGAUAUGUUUUUUUAAUUUCUUGGGCAGGGGUUUAUCGAUGGAGGUUAUCUCCAAAACAGAAUAUGAUUACUUAGCGGUGACAUAUCCCAGGAUACCUGUGUAUUAAUUUCUGCCCAAGAUCCAUAAGCAUGAAACAAAACCACCGUGAAGGCCCAUCAUUUCUGGGAUAGAUUCGGUGUUAGCCCCCUUGUCGGAGUAUAUUGAUCUGUGCUUGCAACCCCUGGUUAAAGAAACUAAGGCAUAGUUGAGGGACACUAGCCAGAUUCUCCAGGUGUUGGAAAAGGUGGAGUGGAUGGAUGGAGACACCCUUGUCACUGCGGAUGUCUCGUCCCUUUUUUCGAUCAUUCCACAUCAAAGGGGUAUGGAAGCUGUCAAAUUUUCCUUGUCCUCUUCCAACCUAUCUUUGAAUCAUCAAGCCUUCAUUUUAGAAGGCAUCCACCUUAUCUUGACUAAUAAUUAUUUUCAUUUUUUAGAUUCUUUUUACCUGCAGACCCUUGGAAUGGCGAUGGGGACUAGGUUCGCACCCAGCUAUGCAAAUUUAUUUAUGUCCCAUUGGGAGGAAUCCUUUAUAUAUGGGGACCAUGGCUGGGUGUGGAACCUGGUCACCUAUACAUUGAUGAUUUAUUUUGGAUUUGGAGGGGCUCUAGAGAAGAGCUUGCUCUGUUUUUGUCGUACCUCAAUUCCAACUCAUGGGGAAUUCGGCUCACCAUGGACCAUAGUGACAGCCAAGUUAACUUUUUGGAUUUACAUAUCUUUAUUUCCAACCACCGGAUACGUACCGAGACCUUUAAGAAGGUAGAUGUUAAUAGUUUUAUUUUUUACGACAGCUGUCACUUCGGUCCCUAGUUGGAUAACAUUCCCAAAGGACAAAUAUUAAGGUUGAAAAGAAACUGUACUAGUAUGGAGACUUGUGAGACCCAAAUACAUAAGCUAAUGGAUCAAUUCACAGCCAAGCACUAUCCAAAGACUCUAACAGAUAAAGCCUACAAGGAGAUAGAGAAUGUAUAUAGGAAAUAUCUUUUGGAGAAUUCCAACAGGACGAAGAGGGACAAAGAAAAUAAAAAUAAGAGUGAUGAGGUUUCUUUGAUUUUUAACUAUUCAGGGGAAAAUAGAGAAUUAAAGAACGUUAUCAAUAAGUACUGGUUUAUUCUAAAAGAAGACCCUCUGCUACAGCAGAUAGUCCCAAAAAGACCAAGGAUCAUUUAUAGAGGGAUACCAAGUAUUAAGAACCAUUUAGUUAAAAGUAGCCUCAAACAAGAAAAUCAAAGUAAGAACUUCUUUAAUCAGGAUGUAGAUUUCUUCCAAUUUGAAUACUGCUUGGCCUGCAGAACUACAGGAGUCCCCAAAUGAGUUAAAAAAGAGUUGAUAGGAGGAAAUACACAACAAGUAUAUUGUGUUAAACAGCUUAUAACCUGCCAUACUACCAACUGUGUUUAUGUCAUUACAUGCCCAUGCAACAUGCACUAUGUGGGUAAAACCACUAGACAAGUGCAUGUUCGCAUUGAAGAGCAUGUACGGAACAUCAAAAGGGGAUUCAAGGAACAUCCUCUAUCCUCACAUUUAAUCCAUAAACAUCAGGGGGGUGUUACUAAACUGCAGUUCAUUGGAAUAGAAAGAGUAAGCAGGAAUUGGAGGGGUGAAAACUUGUAUAACAGAUUAGCGAGGCAAGAGAUGAGGUGGGUGUUUAAAUUGAAAUCGCUGUCCCCUAGGGGUUAAAAUGGAGAGUUUGAAGUUUGUCAUAUCUUGUAAAUAUCUCUAUGUAACUGGUUUUUUUUGUUUCUUUGAUUUCCUGCAUUGGAGGAUUUGCUGGAAUUUUUUUAAUUUUUCAUUUUUCAUUAUGAGGUCUUACGUGUUUGUUUGUUUUUCUUUCUUCUUUUUUCUAUUAGAAGGUACUUCAAUCGAUAGAUAUAUGACCUUUAUUCGAUGUGAUUAUACACUGAUAUCUUCACUUUAUGUGAAUAUAUGAAUAUAUAUGAACGUGUUCUCCACCAAUGUCUAUAUGUUUGAAUUGUGAGAUUUUAUCUAUGAAGAUGAUCUGCACUGUCAAGAAGAUGUGUUUAUCGUUUGAGGUGUCUCUGUAAAAUGUUGUGCAGUUAUCAUUGUUAUUGGGAAAAUAUCAUUGCUAUAACCAAUUUUUGUAUUUUAUAUUUUAUAUUUUUAAUAUUAUCUAUCUUUCUAUUGUUUACAUUUGUCUCUUUGAAGUGAAUUGAUGAGAUUUCACUGGCCCUUUAUGGGUAAACAUACAUAAUAAAAUAGAAAGAGGUAUUUCUUUAAGAGGUGCAACAUUAGGGGUGAAUAUCCUUUAAGGGGAGAUCUGAAUGCUCCUUUAAACAACUACAUUCAGACAUACUGAAUUUUAUGUAUGAAGCAAGGAUAUUCUUCCAUUAUAUAUAUGUUGUUUGUAUAUGUAUGAAUGCCACUUAAGAUGAUUUUACUUGUUUGUAUAAUUUUUGCCGUUACUAUAUUAGACUUAACAAUAUGCAGACAUUGAUAUUUUGUUCGUUCUUAUACUGUGUGCAGUAACGAGAUCAGCCUUUGAGCUGAUGUAACAAGUUCAGCCUGAUUGGAUACUUCUGAGCCUGUACAUAUGUGAAUAAUUGGUUAGAUAAAUACGAUCGGGAUAUAUAUAUAAGCUAUAUAUAGAUUUAUGUUUCUUUUCCAUUAGAUCGGCCUGUACACUAGGGGUUGUUUGGCAUCUCCUGACCUGGACCUCUCUCUGCCCAGGAGUAGAAACAAGUGGGCGGUUAUUUUUUUACAUACCAGAAAAUCCUAUUUAUCUUUCCCACUGUCCUCCUCUCUUCCCUAAACACCUAUAUAACUAUGACCACAUCUAUACUGGGCUAUCCACAGUUUAAUUUUUAAACAUUAGAUUAAUUAAAGUAAGGGUUUUCAUUUUACUUCUAAUCUUUACUCUACUGUGCUCUCUCCCGUUGCGAACCCCUUUGGUGGACGUACUGGGAUUUACUUUGCUUUUUGUAUUAAGCUUUCGUGGGUUACCCCCUCUUGGAGAGCACAGCUUAGGUGACCAUCCUCGAUAUAUAAGAUCUACCUUACCCAGAAUAAUAUAGGGAGGGUCUUUUUUUAGUUGUAUAUACUAUAUAUAUAUUGCAUAGUUAAUACACUUUGAGGUUCUUAGUUCAUAUUGUAAUUAAUUUAUACGAAAUAGUGGCAGCAUAUGUAUUAAGACCUGAAUUUAUAUACGGCCGUCACAAUUUUUUCACAAAAAACUUUUUUACAUCGAAAGUACUGUUUUGAGCUGGAAUAUAGUAAUUAUUUAUAUUUAAAUGAGCAUAGCAGAAGAUCUAAAGGAAGAAAUAUCUUUUAUAAUAAACUUUUCUUCAUCUUAUUUUCUUCCCCUGUUUAACUUGUUGAAAACGGCAGUUACAUUUAAACCUGCUUGAGCGGGUGUUACUAUAGUAACGGCAGUAAAUAUAGAAUAGAAAUAUAUUGUGCAGAAUGAAAUAAGUCGUAACUUUAUUUUGAUACAAUAUGACUGUUUAGUAAUAUAGAGAAUAGUUGGAUUUUGUAACAUUCAUUGCUGAUUCGGAAUUUGCUGUGAUUGAAAGAAAGCCGGCAGGUACUAUAAAAAUGAACACUAAGAGACAGACCGCAUCCAUUGAGAAAGCCGUCGAAGCGGAGAAACGUGUCUGGAGAGGUCUGACUCCCAUCGAUAUCCGUCAUCACAUUUACUUCAAAGAGGAACACUAUUUGAUAUUUUUCAGUGCUAUACAUCUUGCUGACUCGGGACGCCGAGUAUUUUGAAUAAGGUCUAGACCUUUUUUUAGUGAUUUUAUGGACAUACUAUUUGUGAUAGAUGAAGUUUCUUUUACAUAUGUCUUGAUAUUUGAUUAAUUAAUAAAUGGAAUUUUAAUGAAUUUGGAGUGUGUUAGAAAGGUCAUAGACCUAUUAGUCAUUAUUCAUUAGAAGAGAAGGGUUUAUGUAUUUAUGUGUUUUAUAUUGUAUAGGUUGUUAGGUUUCCUAUUUUUUACCCUACUCUCAUCUAUUUCUAUUCAAUCAGAGCUCCACUAUCUGUACUUUUUCCUAUAUUGUUUGUUGCACCUUGUUUUUUUGUGUGUCUAUUGUGGAUGUAGCAGGUUUCUGGAAGUCUGGUGAAACUGUGUCAAGUUAGUCACAUCCCAGCAAUGGUUAUGAUAAUACAUCUUUUUAUAGAAAUAUAUAAACUUCUGUCUGUUUCUGAAUUUUAUAGUGCCUAAACAAGUUGAACUUAUUCUAUUAGUGUGAAAGGCACCUCUAAAGGUAGAGAAAAUGAAGUGAUUGACAUAUGCAAGAAAUCUUCAUGGGGAAUUGGAACAAAUGCCUUGUCCAAAUGCCAAAUCUUUAAAGGGACACUAUAAUCACCAGAACACUUACAGCUUAAUGUAGUCCGAGAAAAGGCAGUGUUUACAUUGCCCCUGGGGACACCUCCUUAGAUGGCAACUGGAGGGACUUCCUGUCUCAGGGCUGCACAGUAAGCAGCCCUCCCAUUCAGCGUCCCCAGGCUCUGCAUGGAGAAGCUGAAUGUUCCUCAUAGAGAUGCAUCAAUUUAAUGCAUUUCAAUGAGAAGGUCCUGAUUGGCCCUGUGGGAAAGCAUUGGAUUGGCUAAAAAUCUGCCAUUUCAUUGAUGUCACGUGGUGCUGGAAAUAAGGUGAGUUUUAAACUUUUAUAUGGGGGCUAAGGGGAGGGUGGGGGGGGGGGGCAAGCCACGUGAAUGGUGGGUUUAGCACCAUAGGGUCAGGAAUACAUGUUUGUGUUCCUGACCCUAUAGUGAUCCUUUAAGUCAUUUCUGAAAGUGGGUAGAUGAUUUAUGUACUGAUGAGAAUGUUCAAGAACCAUUUGCUUAGUAUAUAAGAUGACUGGCUUCCUUAUUUUUCCUUGCAGUGUGUCCUGCUUGUUGCAAGGGCAACUGAACUGAGGUCUCUGGUGGAAGGUGAAGAUAUACUGGAAAAUGUUUGGCCUCUCUUGUUUGAUUAGAUGUGGUUAUUUGAUCUGUGUACACAUACCAAAUGUUGUAGUUUAGGAGCAGUGAUGUAAUUAAAUUUCUAGGGCCCUUUUUGUCUAGGUGUACUAUUGUUCAAACCAAUAUUGAUCUGGGAUUUAACAAUUGAUUAUUUUGCAUGGUUACGCCUAGGUUUCUUAUUUAUUGAGAUGGGAAGAAGCUGUUAGACCGCAGACUGUGAAUUUUGUUUUCAGCUGUUUUAUUGUGGUUGAAUUUGAGUAGUUUAGUUGCUUUUCCGGUUCUCUGACAACCAGGAAUGAACAGUAUAUCAAAACACAUUUCAAUGUAGCAUUUGUGGUAGAAUGUAAAUAUGUAGAUAGAGGAAAUUAAAAAAUGAAUCAAUAAAAGACAUUACAAUAAUUAACUGAACUCACAUGCGUUGUAUAAAUAUAAUCAAAAAAGACAAUUUUAUUUUGUAUGUGCUCGUUUAAAGACAUAUGCUAUUCAAAUGUUUUUGCAGAUUCCAAAAGUGCCAGUUAUGAAUGCUACCAAGAACUAAAUGUAAUAGGUGAUAGAUUUGGAAACUGUGGUGGUGUCCAGGGAUAUUACGCCAAAUGUGACAAAGAGUAAGUCAUUCUGCUUUGAAUUCAAAAUACAAUUUAAUUUAUGUGGUAAGAGGGGAUGUAGUGAUGCAGUCUUAGAAUAUAAUUGCUAAUAGUAAAUUUGUUCACUUGUCCAUUUCCAAAGUUUUCUUUAAAGGUACACUAUAGUGCUAGAAAUACAAACUUGUACUCCUAAUGCAACAGUGCCCCUGCCCCUACUUGUGUAAAGAUUCCCCCCUUUUCCGUUUUGGAGAUGCUCUGACCCAGUCAUCUAGCCAUCACCAAACCCCCUUUGACAGGUGCCAAUGAAACUAUAUAAUCAAUAUUAUUCACUUUAUCUGUUAGUGGUUUUAAUGUUGUAGCUGAUAAGUAUAUUACACACUGCCAGCCAAACACCCCGCACAUACACCUAUUACUUAUAGCCAACACAUUACACACAGCCAGCACGCACCAGAGAUGCACACUGUAACGGACCGUUUCGCUCACAAGGGGAAAAAAACAGUUUAGGCGAUAAUCCCCUUUCAAUAGACCAGCAGCUAUUGCAAUCACCAACCUCCCGAACUCCAAACUGUACGAAUCCCCAACUCACGAACAAGAAAUACAUGAACUCUGGAAGCAGCCGAACAGGAAAAGCAAUACAAACGGCUUACACUCCUGGCAGUCAGCACACAAUCCAAUUCCCCCAAUAACGAGACGACACUUCACUUUCAGGGUUAAGCAGGAACACCAGAUUUAUUCACACAGCCUCCUUUUAAGACAUUCUCCCAUGCAAGGGAGGGAUCCACAACAAUUAGUACCCAAGCCAAUAAGGUACCAGUUACCUCCCACACAUCUCCUCCCCUUAGUGUGACACAUAAUCCCAUUAUGUGGGAAUAUUUAUGGGAUAAUAAUAGUAACAGUGAGAAUUGCCCACUAAUUCAAUUCUCAGAUCCCAAAGAACGUUUAUCGUGUUAAGUGGAAUGUAUUUCAUAUAAUAAUAUCACAAUGUAUAAAAAUAGAUUUUUAUUUAUGAUAACCAAUAAUUAACAAAUAAUAUUAUGUAACAUGCAUAACAAUAAUCAAUGAAUAUCCAGUACAAAAUUAUAUGCAAUACAAAAAAAUGGGUAUUACGUUACAAUGGCUAAAUAGCAUUUCCUGUCAAGAAUUAUUUAUGACUAUCUUUAACACAGGCUGAAAGUGAAACUUUUCACACAGAGAACAGAAUUCCUCAGAGUGCAGCGUAAGGUCGUAAAGUUUAGCAGACAGUUAGAAUAACCCUUUCAAUGCUGGCUAGAUCUCCUAGAUAGUUAAGAUCUAUUCUUAUGUAAUUUUUAAAUAAAAUAACAUUUAAACCAGUUUAAAUUCAUUUUCUUAAAAUCAUCCAAUAAGAGAAUUUACCACAUUAUAUAAGCAGAUUUUUAAUUUGUCUAAAAGAUAUCUAUCUUAAUUUAGAGCAAAUCAAUACACCUGGAUAAAAACAGCGGUAUGCUAACACGUGAUAAUAUCACAUCAAUAUAUAAUUAUUCUUAAUUCCACCUGCAGAAUGGAAUAUUUAUAACUAUAUAUUCUUAGUUAACUAAGAUUUCUUAAUAUGGAAAUCUGACCGUGCUUUAUCCAGUCAUAUAUAAUGCUAUUAAUACAUUUUAAUUAAAUUAAUUUAAUUAAAUGAAACCAGUAUAAUUACCAGUUGAGUAGAUAUUUCAUCCGAUUGGUAGUCUCAGGAAUUUAUUUGGAUGUGUCUCUGCAUGGAGGUUGGAGUCCCCAAACUUCCAAUUCCUCUCUUUUCUCUCCUUUGCAUAUCUUGCAUCUGCCUCCUUCUCUCGUAUAUAUUUCUAUCUUCCCUUUGUCUUAACUUUUAAAGGGCCAGACUCUCUGUACGUCAUCAGUUGAUAACCCAAUAGAAGCACUAGAGGUGUGGUUAUCUUCCAGAUCGCAAAUUAGGUAUUUGGUCUGUAGAGGGCAGUCUUGUCCCACUAAACAUACCUAUCCAGGAAAGAGUUAACUUUUCCUGGUGGCUAUUUUGACGUCAUUUUGGGUUAUCUUUAUAGCGCCAUAAUUUAAAAUUUCAAAGGGUUUCUUAAAUUUUGUCCAGACUUAGCGUCUGCAAUUCCUACCAUAAUUUCUGAUAUGACAGAUCAUGAACUAAGUUUACCCUUUUCCAUACAAUGGUACCUUAUAUAUAUAUAGACAGUUAAAUUUUAUUAUUUAAUCUUCUCUGUCACAAUUGUCUGGGUUUAGAUUUGAUUAUAUUCCAUUAGCAUUAGACAGUCUGUCCAACCCCCUUCCUUAUCACUUGUUUAUACUAUGCAUUCCUUAGCUCUGGCAAAGAGGCCAAUCUUACAGAAAGAAAUCCUGUGUCUCUUUGUUUUUGUUAACUUGGAAUAACAAAAUGGAGUCUGAUCUGUUCAGAGUGACUCAGAAUAUACACUUUUAGUUUCUAUCAUAGCACAAAAUGUCUGCCGAUAUAAAUACUCUGACAAUUAGUACAGACACAAAUUCCCUGGGAUACUGGAUGUACCCCUAAACAUAGGAAUACCCCUUUAAAUGUUACAUCCCCUGGUAACCCUGAUCUGGGUGAGACACAUAUCCAAAAAUCACCCAGAUCGGACCAGGGGUUCAGGAAUUAUAAAGGGUUAAAGUUUUGACCGACUGCAUGGCAAAAGUAUCCGAAAAUAGUUCCAUGUACUUUGGCCCUGCAGUCGGUCACAGAAAAGGGAAUGAAUCACACGAAUUGCCUGGGUUAUAGAGCUUGGGGAGGAUUCGUAUGAAUCCCCCUGUUCGUGGGAUCCUUUCUACCGAACGGCGGGCCGUUCGGUAGUUUCUGCACGAAUUGCUGGAAGUCUGGAGGUCUCAGCGGUGUUUGCUUAGUCGGGUGUCCGAUUUUAGUUCCAGACACUCGACGGCAAAACACCGCUGUUCGGGAGUUUAAGAUGGCCGCCGCCACGUGUUCGUUUCCUGAAUGGCGGCCACCCAGAGGACACAACACACAUUACACAUAUUGCCAAUUACCCGUUUGCAACAUUGUUGCAAACGGUAAUUGGAGGCACACUUACUCCCGGGUGGUCUGGUUGUUCGGUAGUUUCACCCAAUAUAAUGAAUGAAGUGAUUCUACCGAACAAUCAGGGGAAUGCUGCAUUCACAGAACACUUUAUACCGAACACAUAAUAUUAAAUACAGCCUGAAUGCAAUUUGCUACACAGUCUUAAAAAGGCAUUAUUCCUAACAGGCAGAAUAUGUUCACGGAUGGCCCUUAAAGGGCCAGUAGCAGCAAUAUAAAAAUGUCACAUGUCCAAAUAUUGCAUACAAAAGUACGAAUUCACAAGGGGGCCAUAGUCAGAUGGCAGGAGGCUGGCAACCAGGCUUCUCCAGUGCAUAGUGGCGAGGUUGGUUUCGCCACACACACAUUACACAUAGCCAACACACAAAUUACAUACCGCUAUCCAGGGCCGGCCUUAGGCCUUCAGGCGCCCUGUAUUCGAAAAAUCAUAACAGCUUCUCCCCAUCCAUGUGUAUAGGGGAUUUAUUAAAUGAAAAUUUAAAAAUUAACAAAUAUUUAUCCCCUCUUUCCUGUCAUUACCUUGCAUGGAGGGGGGCAUGCUGAUCUCUGGUGAUCCAGUUUGCUGGGAAUCUGGUCGGUGCCAGCAACUGUCUCAUGACCUGAGGCACUUACAGUAUCAGAGCUUUCCUGUGGUAAUCCGCGGCAACGUUCUGAUUGGCCGGAACUCGGAAGACAGCUACAUUUAUCAUGUGUGUGUGUGUCAAACGUGAUUGUGUGAUGUGUUGGCUGUGUGCCAUAUUUGUAAUGGGUGUAUUGACUGUGUCUGAUAUGUGUGUGUACUGACCAUGUGUGAUUUUUGUGCACUAUAGCAGUAGAUGGAUGGGAAGGCACUAUAUGGGUAGUUGGGGAGCAGGGACGCUAUAGGGGUAGAUAGGGGGCACUAUAAGUGUAGAUGGGGAACAGGGGCACUGUAGGGGUAGUUGGGGAGCAGGGGCACUAUAGGGGUAGAUGUGGGGCACUAUAGGGGCAGAUGGGGAACAGGGGCACUAUAGGGGUAAACGGGGAACAGUGGCACUAUUGGGGUAGAUGGGGAGUCACUAUAGGGGUAGAUGGGAGAGCAGGUGCACUAUAGGGGUAGAUGGGGGCACUAUUGUGGUAGAUGGGGAACAGGGGCACUAUUGGGGUAGAUUGGGGGCACUAUAGGGGUAGAUUGGAUGAGCAUGGACACUAUAGGGGUAGAUGGGGGGUACUAUAGGGGUAGAUGGGGAACAGGGGCACAAUAGGGGUAGAUGGGGUGCAGUGGCACAAUAGGGGUAGAUGGGGAGAGCAUUGGCACUAUAGGGGUAGAUGGGGGCACUUUUAGGAUAGAUGGGAAACAGGGGCACUAUAGGGGUAGAGGGAGGCACUAUAGGGAUAGAUGGGGAGCAGGGGCACUAUAGGGGUAGUUGGGGGGAGAAGGGGCACUAUGGGGCUACUAUAGGGGUAGAUGGGGAACAGGGGCACAAUAAGGGUAGAUAAGGGGAGCAUGGGCACUAUAGGGGUAGAUGGGGGCACUAUAGGGAUAGAUGGUGAACUAUAGGGGGAGCAGGGGUAGAGGGGGCACUAUAGGGGGAGCAGGGGAGUACUAUAGGGGUGGAGGGGGAACAGAGGUACUAUAGGGGUAGAUGGGGGUACUAUAGGGGUAGAUGGGGAACAGGGGCACAAUAAGGGUAGAUAGGGGGAGCAUGGGCACUAUAGGGGUAGAUGGGGAACAGGGGCACAACAGGGGUAGAUGGGGCACUAUAAGGAUAGAUGGGGAACAGGGGUACUAUAGGGAGAGCAGGGCCACUAUAGGGGCAACAUUUUGCCUCGGUUUUUCCAUUUGGAUGUAAUUUCCCAAAAAAUUUAAUUUAGUGAAUAAUCCUGUCAAUGUCCAGUUACCUCCCAGAGCAGGUGGCCCAAUUUAAAAAGUGUGUGUUAUUACAAAUAGAUUGGGCUACUGCUUUAGUCCCUUGAACAAGAAUAUAUAUUUUUUAAUUUCCACUCCCCUUUCAGCAAUCUAAAAUACCACUGGAUCAAAUAUUAUUACAAUAAAAAUAAGGUGUGUGUGUAUAUUUAUUUAUUUUUAUUAGAUUUCCCUUUUAAGGAAUUUGAAAUAUGUGGGGUUUGAAAUCAAAACAAGACAAAAUGGGUUUAGAAGAAUAUACUCUUACUAUUUUUCAUGGAUGGUGUGCGAGCUCAUAGCCAUUACAAAUGCAUACACUUGGCAUGGACAUUAUGAGAUUUAUUAACUGAUUGCUCUAUGGACAGUCUCUACAACCAUAAAUAUUCUUUAACAUUAACUCAUACCUCUUAUCAAUCCAGAGAGAAUCAGGAUGGGGUUGGUGACCCACUUCACUAGUGAUGCCCGUGACGGGUGGUCCAACCAUGGAUAGGCUGCCUGGCCAGACCCCAGCCUUUAGGACUAUGUAGGGAGAGCUGCUAACUUCCUGCCUUAUCCUAGCGCCCACUGCUCAUUAGAUGUGCUUGUGUUGCACUGCCCGUGAACACUUCCCUGCUGUCCCCAGAUACAAGACAUCAGAGAGCCAAGGUGGGACAGGACCCCGAAAUGGGAUGUAUUAGAGAAGAUAUGCUCAGAGUGGCCAGCGAAGGUUACAUUUUUAUAUUUAGAAUUAUGGCAAUACUUCUUUUAUAUCUAUGUAAUCGCUUGCCAGCUGAAAGAUUUUGAAGAACAUGUCUAUGAAACCUUUACAGGUGAUAUGAAAUGAGAGCUAGAUUCAGUAAAGAUUAAAUAUAAUCUGUUAAGUAUUAGUCAUAUCUAUGCAGGCUUGUUUGACAUCUAACUCAAUAUUUUAUUUAAAUUAUAUUCUAGUGAUGUACUGUGUGGCAAGAUCCAAUGUGCAAUCACAGGAGAAGUAAAGAUAAAUAUAAAAAAUGCAGCUGUUUCUUUCUACACUCCUAAAAAUGAAACUUGUGUAAACGCAGACUUUUUCACAAGUGAUUUUGUUGAUCCUGUACAAGUUAGAGAUGGUACAAAGUGUGGUGAGAAUAAGGUUAGUAAACGUUUAGAGUCCAAACAUGCUUGGUGUGUCUGUCAUUAAUCCUACUUUAACUUCUGAUUUGUCCUGCUUUUGGUAAGCAUAGGUAUAAUAUUAUUUAAAUGAAACAAAAACAAGCAUUUUGGAAGCCAAGAAAAACAUUUCAAAGUAGUUUACUUAAUAAUGCACACAAUAAUAAUAUUAAUAAUUUUAAAUCUCUUUUUGUUUUUUUGUUUUUUACUGUUGCCAUCCUUCUGCUUAUCUUUUUGGCAGGAGAAGUAUAAUUAUUUUCACUUGUUCAUAAUUUAGCUCUCUUGUGGUCCAUCAGCUUAGGUGCAGGUCUGCAUCUCCGGUUGGGUGCCUGUCUUGACUGGGAGGUAGCAUAGAGAUGUGCGCCCAGCAGAGCACAGGGCUGGUCAAAGAGAUCUCCAUGCAGCUGCAAGUGAUCUCAGGAAAGCCAGUGAUUUAAUGGUGCUCUAGGACCCCAAACGGCAACAGUUGCAUACAAAUUUUGUUUGCAAUAAUAAAGUUCUUUUGUAAUUGUUAAAAUUGUGUAUAUACAGUUCUAGGGUAUUUAAACAUACCCUGCAGUUUGCAUAUACAAUUCUCAUAUUAAAAGAGCUAAUGACUGUCUGUUUUAGGAUUGUAGUGAUGCAUUCAUUUCUAAUUUUAGACUUAAAUAUAUGCCUAAAUUGUGCAAUAGUUAGUGACAAUUACAUUCCAUCCAAACUGUAAACUGUAAAUAUGUUUGUAAAUUGUAAACAUAUUUACAAUUAUGUGUCCGAAGGACCAGAGAUUUGUUGUUAUUUUUUAUGUGUUUAUAUUCAACUAUGAUUCCCUUUUUUAUAUUUAGUACACCCACACGUCCCUUUUUUCUAUUUAGUGCAUUUUCAAAGACGGACAGGGCUUCACAUGACGCAAAAUAUAUGGAAAGGGGAGCCAGGGGAGGUGUAGCUACAGCUACGUAAUCAAAGUGAUUUAAGUCCUACACGGCAGAGAAUUGAGCAUUAACAGUGCAGGGGCAUGGUCUACACACCAACACCACUUCAUAAGGUUAAAGCUAUUUUGGUAUUUGGAGUGUCCUUUUAAUGACAUUUUAGACAACGCAAACUUCAAGCAGGAAUCUUUUAAAUAUUCUUUUAUACCCUUCCAAUGCUAUAUAGAAGUGGUCUCAUUGAAGUUGUCUGCGUGCAAUUUUCCUUUCCCCUUGACCCAGCAAUGUAAAAUAUUGCUGUUUUAGAGAAACUGCAAUGUUUACAUUACAAGAUUACUAUAUCUAGUAGCUGUCUAUGCUAUGCAUCAGGAUGUCCAGUAUCAAAAUCCCCAUAGGACAGAAUUGAUUCUGUGCAGAUAUAUCGGUAAACAAUUCCAGCACUUUGGUUGUGCCUCUCAGUGAGUGCUGAGUCCCUGCUUACAUCUUGCCCCCCAGCUACUAUGUGCUGAAUUGUCUCAGAGGUCUCUUUCCACAGUCUGCACCUUGGGACUUGCCUGGUGUGGUAGACCCCCGUUUCUAUUGAUCUGGUGCUGAGUGCCUGUUCCUGGAUUAGUGUAUCAGUUCUGCAUUUUUCAACCACUGGUAGCAUUUUUCAAUGUGAGCCACAUCCACUAUCUGCCAGUGUACACACACACAUAUAUAUAUAUUUAUAUUAUACCUAGCGUGUAUUAGUGGUGGUAUUUAAAUUACUAGAUGCUACUAGAUAAAGCUGACACUUAUUUAUGGGUGAGGUGAUUUAGGUAUUUAGUAUGCAAUUACACGUGGAUGAAUGUGAAGUUUCGAGGAACUUAACCGAUAGGUCUUUUGACACACAGAUGAGCUUUAUUUAUUUUCUAAAUCACAUGCAAUAAUUUGUAAAUAAAUACACUCUGUUUUCAGAUAUGCUAUAAGCAAAGGUGCACUGAUUUCUCCAGGUCUGACUUUACUUGUGAACAUGAUACAACAUGCAAUGGCCGAGGCGUAAGUAAAAUACAGAAACUAACCAACAGAUAGUUCUUUUUUUUUUCCAUUUUAUCAUUUUAUUAAUUUCAAAAGAUAGGGAGUGGGGCAGAUAGUUUCUUAAUGUGCAAACCAAAUGUCAGUGUUUGACAACGUAACAUCAUCUUUUGGUGCAAGUUCACUUUGCAUGUACUGUAAUAUGCUUACGAUGCUUAAUAAAACUAGUAUAGAGAGUUCAAAAUGUCAAGCAUAUUACAUAACACAACACUAUGACAUUAAACUGGAGUUAUCUGGAUUUUUUAUUUGAGAUUUGCAAUAAUAAACACAACUGUCGCUGUGACCCAGGCUGGAAACCGCCAUUUUGCAAUGAACCAAGUGACAGCAUUGAUUCAAGGAGUCUGGACCCAAACAAAAGUUAGUGGAUUUUGCUAUUUAUUUGAAUAAGCAAUACAUUUUUUUUUCUCAUAACAUAAUCUUUAUAAUUUUAUAAUAUAAGCUAGAUAUUUUGUAAUGAGAUAUAGAUAUGCAAACUCUUCGAAUAAUUGUAUUAUAUUUUAUUACUAUAAAAUAGUAAUUCUGUUCCUUACGCUCAAAUUUUAAGUUUUAACAUUGUAGUUUUUUGAAAUGGAAGCCUAACAUUUUCUUUAACAAUUAUAGAGGAUAUGAAGCCAAAUGUUUUAGUCACUUUCUAAUUUUUCAGAAUGUUGUACUGUGCUUCAACAAACUGCAAAAGACAGGAAUCAUUCCAUUACUCCCAAUAUAGUCACUACACUUUUAAGACUUCCAUGUUUUUAUGUAAGCUGGUUUCUGUUAAAUAUAAAUUAUUCUUUAUUAAUGUUAUACCUCUACAGUUUAUCAAACAGUAAACCUGACUAAAGUGACAUGUAAAUUGAUAGCAGAUGUGAUAUGGCUGCCAUUUGUUUAUAAAGCAGUUCCACUAAUUCUUUGUGAUGAGUGCAGGCCCAUACCACUGGACAAACCAAGCAACUGCAAAGAAGACACAAAGAUCCUGGGCUAACUGGUUAAAUCAGGGGAUCUCCUCUGUUACCAACCUGUCCAGCUACAGUUUUCUUCUGCCACCUCUGUGACUCUUUGUUAGCUGCAACGUGAGGGAGUUAUAAAUAACCCAUACCAACACAUCCAAAGUGAAUGAUCAGAGGCAAGUUCACCUCUGUGACUCUUUGUUAGCUGCAAUGUAAGGGAGUUAGAGAUAACCCUUACCGACACAUCCAAAUUGAGUGAUCAGAGGCAAGUUCAGAAAGCAACAUAUAUCUCUAUAGUCCUAUAUAUUGUGAUCAAUAAAAAGCUACAAGGGGUAGAGGAGAAAACCUUGACUGGCCAACAUGGGCUCGAAAUGAACCUGGACUUAUUUUUUGUUAAACUAUUCCGGGAUGUGUGGAACUGCUCCUGUGGGAUAAACUAUAUGUCCUAUAAAGUACAGACCAAGACCACAACGAGAGAAUCUGGAUUAGGUAACUUCUUUCCUGUUAAAGUAGGGAUUUUUUUUGCUAGUGACACUUGCUGUGCUCUGCAAGUGUCAUUAUAAUUAGAAAGUAUAAAAGUGAAUACUUAUUUCCCUUCCUUUUUAUUUAUUUAUUUGCAUUAUUUUUCUAAUGCGAUAUAUAUAUAAACCUUGGGUCCUUCAUCUUGUGCUACCCUACUUGUCUUUGCCUCAAGCCUCAAUAUAUUAAUAAAAGACAUUUCUAUAAUCUAUAUAAUGCAUUAAAAAUUAGAGUUCAUAUUUACCCCAUAAUUUCCCUUUAACAAAGCUACUUUUCCUAUUAUCCUCUGGUCUAAUGAAGAUUUGUCAUUUUACAUAUAAUAACCUGAAAGCUUAGAUACCUUAAAACAGUUUUGUUGAGUGUGUGUUCUCAACUGUGGUCUAGAAAAAUGGUAAAUAAAUGUUGUUUUAAUGUAUCUGAAAACUGGACAGAACAUUGUUUGUUUUUCUUCUUCUUUUUUUUUAAUUAGGUAUAUAUUCUGACGCAAAUUCAGAUGAAAGAAAAACUUGGCUUUUAA